AUGAUCCCGCUGAUGAAAGAUAAAUCAUGCCUAGAAUGGGAAAAUAUUUGGAAAAGAGCCAGUCGUUCUCGCUAUGCUCAAUCCGUGGAAGCACAAUACUCUACUGGGCAGAACAGAUCUAUCGAACGCCCGAGGGAGGAGCUUCCAGAGAACCGGGGGCUCCGCCUGAAGGGGCUGCUGGAGGCGGCAGAGACAGAGGCUGCUGCCGUACCCUCGCUGGACGAGCGGACCUACGUGGCCGGGGGUGGGCUACGACCCGGAGAAGACCCCUACCUCAGGAACAGGUUCAACCAGGAAGCAUCCGACAAGCUGCCCAGCAACAGGCCGGUACCUGACACCAGGGCUCAACAGUGA